AUGGCCACUCUGGCCGUGCCGCAGUCCCAGCCCGCUGCUGGCAGCGGCCUUUUCGGCAGCAGCAGCAGCAGCAGCAGCAGCAGCAGCGGGCCUGCAGCAGCACUUGCUGCUGCAGCUGCGGCCCCGAGUUCAACUCCUCCCGAGGCCGCUGCAGCGGCUGCAGGCAAUUCUCCCAGCGGGCCUGGAGGAGCUGGGGGAAGCAGCAGCAGCAGCUCAGCAGCAGAAGGAGCAGCAGCAGCAGCAGCAGCAGCAGCAGCAGCGCCAAACUGCAGCAGAAGCAGCAGACUAGGCCGCUGCUGGGGCGGGAGAAGGUAUGAGCGUUUGUAUGAAGAGGUUGUGCUGCCUCUUGUGGCAGCUUUAGAAGCAGCUCCAGCCUUAGAAGAGGCGGAGCAGCAGCAGCAGCAGCAGCUGCUGCAGCAAGGGGAUGAGGCGCUGGAUGGGGACCCCCAGUUUGGGCUGGGCGUGUGCGCGGAGGAGCAGCAGGGCGGCGCAGCUCGUGCUGCAGCAGCGCAGCUGCAUGCGCUGGAAGCAGCAGCUCUUGCUGCGCUGCUGCAGCAGGCGGAAGGUUUUGCUGCUCCGCUGCAGGUGACUGAACGCAUUGGCCCUGCAACAAAACAGACGCAGCAGCAGCUGCUGCUGCUGCUGCGCGAAGAGCUGCCGGGGUGGCAGGCCCUUGCUGCUGCGCUGGACGAGGUGUCUGUACACCUCAACAUCGACGCUGCAGAGUGUGCUGCGCUCGCCUACGACGCUGUUGCUGCAGCAGAAGCAGCAGCAGCAGCAGCAGCAGCAGCAGGGGAGGUCCGCUGGCACCCGCUGCUGCCUCUCCGCGCGCUGCAGCGGGAGCAGCACUUCCAGCUGCUGUGUCUGCGCACUUUGGCCGGUUUGCUGCACCCCGAGGGGGCUGCCACUUUGAACGCAGCAGCAGCAGAAGCAGCAGCAGCAGCAACGGAAGCAGCAGCAGCAGCAAAGCAGCCGAAAGUCGCCCUGGCUUUCUUCUGCGAGCUGCUGCAGCGCGGGCUGCUGGACGCGCUGAUAGAGAAGCUGGAGGCGCUGAUGCGUGCUGCUGCUGCUGCUGCAGCAACCGAGGCCUCGCAGCAGCAGCAGCUGCUGCUGCUGCAGCAGCAGCGGCAGCAGCAGCAGGACCUCGCGCUGCAGAACGCCGCCGCUGCAGCUGACGGGGACAGCGCUGCUGCUGUUGUUGCAGCAGCAGCUGCUGCUGCUGCAACGGGCAUUGAAGCAGAAGCAGCAGCACUCACAGCAAAGCACAGCACGGAGUGCAUCUGGGCCAUUACUGACUUGCUGCUGCUGCUGCUCAGCAGCUUCCAUGCUUCCUCGAACCAGCUGCAGCGGCUGCUGCUGCUGCUGCCCCACAUUGUGUCUCCUGCUGCUCUUCCUGCUGGCCGCCGCGCAGCUUCAGCGCAGGACUUCGACUCGAGGGCGCAGCAGCAGCUGCAGCAGGAGCAGCAGCAGGAGCAGCAGCAGGAGCAGCAGCAGGCCCAGCAGCAGCAGUUCCAGCUGGCCGUGCCCGCCGACCCGCAGCAGAAGCCGCAGCAGGAGCAGCAGCAGCAGCAGCAGCAGCAGCAGCAGCAGCGGCAGCAGCGGCUGCUGUCCACCCGGAUUUGCGAACUGGUGCUGCUCAUUCUGCAGCCGAAGCUGCUGCGGUGGGUGGUGCCUGCGGGCCCGGGCCCCACGCCUUUCAGCCGCCAGCAGCAGCAGCAGCAGCAGCAGCAGCAGCAGCAGCAGCGCGUGCUGCAGCAGCUAGAAGACUUCAAGGCCCCCACACUCACGGACUUCGGGCUGCUGUCGCCUCCCGGAGAAGUCGAAGGCCUUGCUGCAGCAGACAAGCAGCAGCUGCAGCACUUGGCGGAGGACGUGGGCAAGACACGCAAGUUGAUCCAAACGCUGCAGCAGCAGGGCCGGAGCUUGUGGCGCACUGGGGACGGGCUGGAGUGCGUAAUGGACUUUGCUGUGAGCGGUGUCUUCUGCGGCGACACGCGGCGUGCUGCUGCUGCUCUGCUGCAGCGGCCCGUGCUGCAGCUGCUGCAGCACUUCUUCCUGCAGCCGCUAGCUGCUGCAGCAGACGACGAAGUCACGCAGGUGUCGCUGCAGCUGCAGCACGAAAUUCUGAGUUUGGCCUUUGGGGUUUCUCAGGGCCCCUCGGACCUGUGGUCAGUGCUGCUGCAGCACCAGCUGGGCACGCGCAGCAGCAGCAGCAGCAGCAGCGUGGCAGCAGCAGCAGCAGCAGCAGCAGACUCCGGCCUGCGCGCAGCAGACGCCCCCCUUCUUAUCGAAGCUCUCAGUCUCAUUUCUACUCUUACUCGGCUGCACCCUGCAGCAGCAGGAGUGUACGUGGACCCGUUGGUGCUGCUGAUGGAGGUGUACGGGGUGCGGCAGCAGCAGCAGCAGCAGCAGCAGCAGCAGCGCGGCUUGCUGCAGGCAGCAGCAAACGCCGUGGGCGUGCUGCUCGACGUCCACCCCCCCCUCGAAGUCGCCAUUCUAGACUGCUGCAGCACACUUUGCUGCUGGGGUGGGGCCCUUGCUGCGCAGCGGCUCAGCAGCAGCUUGCAGUCAGUCCCGGCGCUGCAGCUGGGGCGGCUGCUGCUGCUGCUGCUGCACCAGCUGGAGGCAGCAGUGCGGGGGCAGUACACGGCGCUGCCGCAGCAGCAGCAGAUGCUGUUUGACGAGAGCCGGCUUGUGGCUGCAGCACGGACAGCAGCAGCAGCAGGCAGCGCGUUCGGGGGCCCCGGCCUGAUCCCUUCGUUCCCCGGAGCAGCAGCAGCAGCAGCAGCAGCAGCAGCAGCAGGACCCUCAGUGCUGGAAGCUGAGGGGGCCUACCCCAGGGGGCUGCUUGCUGCACUUGAUGCAGCCCUGUCGGCGCUGGCGGGCUGCAGCAGCAGCUGGCUGCUGAUGCCGCUGCCGCUGCUGCCGCCGCUGCUGCCCGAGUCGCUCUCCUGGAGCAGCAGCAGCAGCAGCAGCAGCAGCAGCAGCAGCGGGGCCCCACACCGCUGCCGCCACGCACUGGACCUCGUCUAUGCCGUGCUGCAUGCAGGGGCCUCCACAAACCGGCUGCAGCUUGCUGCUGUUAAAGCUGCUUGCUUCGAGCUGCUGGCCCAGGGGGCAGUUCGGAAUGCAGCAAACGCAAUGGCUGUGCUGCUGCAGCUGGGGGGCCUCAUAGACGGCUUGCGGCUGGACUUUGCUGCUGCUGCUGCAGCAGCAGACGCAGCAAGGCUCCUCAUAGCCUUCUUCUCCUGCGUCGCGCUGCUGCUGCAGCGCGUGGGCAUCCGCCGCCGCUUCGACGCUUCUUUGCUGCGCUUCUGCCUCGCCCUGGACCAGCAGCAGCAGCAGCAGCAGCAGCAGCAGCUCGUGCAGCGCCUCGAGGAGGCGGCCUCCCCUGCAGGCCCGGGGGCGCUCAAAGCAGCAGCAGCAGCAGCAGCAGCAACGGCAGGGCAGCCCGACAAAAGUGCUGCUGCUGCUUCCGUAGCAGCAGCACAAGCAGCAAUGCUCAAGAUCUGCGCCUUCACGUUUGAGGUGUACGUACAGGUGUUUGCUCCGCCCCCCGCGGCCCUGCAGCGCAGCAGGAAACAGCAGCAGCAGCAGCAGCAGCAGCAGCAGCAGCAGCAGCAGCAGCAGCAGCAGCAGUUCGUUCAGCCAGACCUCCCCCGCUGCCGCUACUGGCGCUUGGGGCUGCUGCUGACCCGCAUCAUCAGGACUUUCUUGAGGGGCCCCUUGCCUGCGGUGGCUGCGUGGACGGCUGCGGGCCCUGCAGCAGCAGCAGCAGCAGCAGCAGCAGCAGCAGCAGCAGCGGGGGCGCCUGGUGCAGCAGGCGGUGGGGCGGGCGCAGCAGCAGCCCCGAGAAGGAGCAGCGGCGAGCUGGAGGCGCCCGACGCCGUAGAAGCUGCUGCAGCAGAUCUUGCUGCUGCAGCAGCAGAACCAUUUGCUGAUCCUGCCACUCUAGACUGGAGGCCCUGUGCCUUUGCCUUUAUGCAGUUCCUUUGCCCGGAUUCCCGUGCAUUUGCUGCGCUGCUGCGGCUGACCUGCUCCGGUGCUGCUGCUGCUGCUGCUGCUGUUGGCGGCGCCCGCAGCAGCAGCAGCAGCAGCAGCAGCAGCAGCAGCAGCGAGCUAGACGACGAAGCCCCUAAAGCAGCACACUUCAGAGAGCGCUGCUGCCUCAUGGGGGCUCAUGUGCUGCGGCUUUUGCUGCAGCGGGAUUUGCUGUUCAUUGAAGUGUACAGGUGGCAGACGGGAGCAGCACGAGCAGCAGCAGCAGCGCGAGCAGCAGCAGCAGCAGCAAAAUCGCCGGCAGCAGCAGCGGGGACCACUGGAGAGGAGCUGCGCCUCUUCGUUGCCUCGCUGCCCUAUCUCAGCAGCAGCAGCAGCAGCAGCAGCAGCAGCAACAACAACAGCAGCAGCAGCAUGAUCGAUGCUUUCGAGCUGCAGCCAAUGCACGCGCAGCUGACUCUCCCGGCUGUGGCUCUGGCGCCGGCCCGGAACCAGCCAGCAGCAGCAGCAGCAGCAACAGCAACAGGAUCAGCAGCAGCAGCAGCAGCAGCAGGGUUUCCUGCUGCUGCUGCUGCACCAGCUCUGGGGUUCGGGGGCGUGCUGCCGCCGUACUGCUGGUACAUCUGUUUGCUGCUGCACCCCAACCAGUGCUUGGCUGUGCAGAAAGCAGCAGCAUAUGUGCUGCUGCAGCUGCAGCAGCGAGCAGCAGAAGAUCUUGCUGCUGCGUUGGCAGCAAAUCCGCUGCCGCUGCAGCACAUGCGGGCUGCAGCGCGAGCGGCGCUGCAGGAAGAAGCAGCAGCAGACCCCAGCUGCUCCGUGGGGCCCCCCGCAGACUGGCGGCAGCAGGCAGCAGCAGCAGCAGCAGCAGGAGGCGACGAGGCCCUCUUAGAUCCCCUCACUUCGAAGGCCCUCAGUUCUUUUUUUGUCUCGGAGCCUUCGGAGCAGCAGCGCAGCAAGUGGACGCAUCUUCUGGAGACGCUGCGGGAGCAGCAGCAGCAGCGGCUGCAGCAGCAGCGCCUGCUGCAGCAGCACGUACUGCAGCAGCAGCAGCAGCCGCGGCAGCGAAGCCUCGCCCUGCCCUCCCCCAGGGGAGGCGCCUCGGCUGCUGCUUCCGUGUGCGGUGGCGGGGGCCGUCUUGCUGCAGCAGAAAAGGAAGCAGACGCAGCAGCGGCCGAUGCAGCAGCAGCAGCAGCAGCAGCAGCAGCAGCAGCAGAGGAGACAAGCAGCAGCUGGGAACAGGGAGGCGCGCAGGCCCGGGCCUUCUUCGAGUCGGAGCAGCGGUUUCUUUUCUAUCAGGAAGUGCGAGAAGUGGACGACUGCAGCAGCAGCAGCGCAUGCAGGUGCUCCGACUGCAGCAGCAGCAGCAGCAGCAGCAGCAGCAGCAGCAGCAGGCGGCAGCUGCCUGCGACCUCCUCGGCGACGGCGCUGCCGCUCUGUGCUGCUCUUGACGAAAGGUGGCAGACAGUUGAAGACACAAUGAUUGAAGCAGCAGACGCAGCAACUUGGACAGCCCUGGCUCGCUGCAUCGCGCUGCAGCAGCAGCAGCAGCAGCAGCAGCAGCAGCAGCAGCGGCGACAAAGCGACCCGCUGCUGGCUGGGGCGCCGCAGGGCGAGGGCGCGAGGCUGCUGUAUGGGCGCGAAGCAGCAGCAGGAACAGCAGCAGCAGCGCCGGUGCUGUCAGCAGCAGCAAUAGAGCUCGCGCUGCUGCUGCCGCUGCAGCCCCGUGCUGCUUGGCUGCUGCCGCCCUGGGCCCCCCCCAAAGAAAUCCUUGUGGGGUCUUGUCUUCACUUGCCUGCUGCUGCUGCUGUUUCCAGAUACCACAGCGUGUCUUUGCGGGAGUUGCUGCUGCUGCUGCUGCUGCAGGGGGUGCAGCAGACCUGCGGAGAGGGGGCGCCGCUAACGGCCGUGCCUUUCCCGCUGCUGCUGCUGGGCCUCGCCUUCAGCAGCAGCAGCAGCAGCGGCGCAGCAGCAGCAGGCUUGUCUUCCUUCGGAGUGCUGCCGUCGUGCAGCGAGGCGCUGCUGCUGCCGGCAGCAGCAGAAGCAGCAGCAGCAGCGCUGCAGCCGCUGCAGCCGCUGCAGUGGGCGCCGCGGACCCUGGAAAGAAGCAGCAGCCUUGUUGCUGCUGUGGUGGCUGUGGCGCAGCAGCUGCAGCAAGUCCCGCUGCUGCAGCAGGAAACAGGAGACCUGCCGCCGCAUGCAGCAGCAGCAGAUGGCAGCUUUUUGGGAGACGCGGAGCGGCAGCCCGCGCUUGCUGCAGUCUACACGCAGGUCUGCUGCAGCGUUGCUGCGCUGCAGCUGCUGCAGCUGCUGGCAGCACAUCCCCAAACAGCAACUGCUGCGCUGCAUGCAGUGGGCAUUUUGUGGCCCGAGCGCUACCGCUUCCUGGAGCAGCAGCUGCUGCUGCGCUACCCCCUGGUCCCGCUGCUGCUGCGGCCCCCGCUGCUGCUGCUGCUGGCUGCAUGCACGCAGCUGUGCCGCCUGGACGUGCAGCACGCGGCGGCGCGCGCAGCCGCAGCAGCCAGCAGCAGCAGCAGCAGCAGCAGCGGCGGCGGCGCUGCAGCGGUCUGGCAGCAGCAGCAGCAGCUCAAUGAACGGCAGCGCACGCAGCAGCUAGCCAGAGUUUGCUGCCUCCUCAUCAGUGCAGCAAGACAAGGCCAAAGGGACAUUUUAUCGGGGCUGCAGCGGCUGCUGUUUUUCUUCGUGGAAGCCAUAGACGCAGACACCGAAGACCCGCAGCUGAGCUUCUUGCUGCUGCAGCAGCAGCAGCAGCAGCAGCAGCAGCAGCGCGCCCACGCCGCGCACUGCUGGGAGGCCGUCGACGGACUCGCCGAGAGACCCUCGGUAAAACUUGCAAGGAUGGAAAUGCGAAGGCUGUGUGGGGUGCUGCAGCGAGCGCCGAACGGGAGAGGCAGCAACAAUAUGUGGCUGCUGCUGAGCCCCGAGCUGUUCUUGACGCAUGUGCAGCGCAUUUUGCGCGCGGCGGGCAUUGCUGCGCCGCUGCCGCAGCAGCAGCAGCAGCAGCAGCUGUAUGCAGCAGCAGCAAGCCUGCUGUGGAUUGAGCUCUUCAGGACAACUUAUCAGUCAUCGCUGCGCGCUGCCCUGUACUGCGCCUUGGGGGCUCUUCCGGAGUUAGCUGCUGCUUGCUUCGAGCUGCAGCAGCAGCAGCAGCAGCAGGCGCUUUCCCCGCUGCAGCAGCAAGUGCUGCCGCGAGCAGCAGCAGCAGCAGCGGGAGCCCUCAGCAGCAGCAACUGCGGCCUUUUGGCGCAGCGCGCCGCAGAGGUCUUGGACUGCUACUUAACUAGUGAGCGCUUUUGCUGCUACAAGCUGCGGCAGAUCUACGGCUUGGUUGUGCUGCAGCACUUGCUGCUGCUGGCGUGGGGUGUACAGGCAGCUGAGAGCAGCAGCAUGCAGUCCCGGGCCUUCCCGCUGCAGCAGACGCAGCUGCUCGUGCUGCUGCUCACAGAUGUGCCUCAUUUGCUGCCGCCAGCAGCACGGGCGCUGCUGUACGGCAGCUUGCAGCUGCUGCUGACGCUGCCUGCUGCAGACCCGCAGCAGCAGCAGCAGCAGCGCGAGGAAGGCACAGCAGCAGCUGCUGCUGCCGCCAGCGCUGCAGCAAGCCCAAUCUGCACGGCACUUAUUCAAGAACUGCAGGCGGAUGCAGACCGUUAUCUCACCUUGUUGUUGCUGCUGCUCUUUGACGCCAGUCAGCAGCAAAGCAGCAGCAGCAGCAGCAGCAGCAGCAGUGUGCCCCGCUGGUGGGCUGAGCAGCAGCAGCAGCGGCCGUUCCUGCGGGGUGUACAGACAGCUGACGACCCCACAUGUGUUGAACUCUUCGGGAUUCGGUGCUGCCUUCCUCUUGCUGCUCUACGUCUGCUGCUGCUGCUGCUGCAGGGAAUGCUGCAGCAGCAGCAGCAGAAUGGCGGCGGCCCGUGGCAGUCGGGCCCUUUACUUCCGCGGGAGCUGCUGCUGCAGUCGAAGAGCAGCAGCAGCAGCGAGCGCGCAGCAGCUCCUGCUGUUGCUGCAGUGGGUCAGCUGUUUUUGGUUCACCUCUCAGGUGUGCAGGCGCUGCAGCGGCAGCAGCAGCAGCAGCAGCAGCAGCAAUCGUGGCAGCAGCAAAACAGCCUCGCCCGAGCCUCGUGUCAGUUGGCUUCCCUGCUCUGUCUAGACCCUCAUUUUGCUUGGGGCCUGCAGUCUCAGCGUCUCUGGCAGCAGCAGACAGCGCUAGAGCUGCUGCUGAGCUCCCCGUUGCUGCAGCAGCAGGCGCGCAUGCAGCCGGUGCUGCCGCUGCUGCAGCAGCGAUGCUGGUCAGCUGCUGCUGCUGUCAGCUUCGGGAGAGUUUCUGUGCUGCUGCCUCCUUUGGGGCUCUUGUCGGACAUUUUGAAAGUCAUAGAGAGCCUGCUAACUUGCUUUGCUGAGGGGCCGUCGGCGCAGCUGCUGCAGCAGCUGCUGCUGUGGAUGGAGCAGCAAGGGGACCUGCUGGAUGCCCCGCUGCAGGUGUGCGUGCAUUUGGCUGCACUGUGGCAGCAGCAGCAGCUGCUGCAGCAGACUUCCUCGGCCCUCGACUCUGAAGCAGCAGCAGCAGCAGAUGGACUGCAGCAGAAGCAGUCCUCUGGGGGAGACGCAGCGCCAGCAACUGCUGCUGGCACCGCAGCAACCCCUGCAGCAGCAGCAGCAGCAGCAGCAGCAGACGACCAAGCUGCUGCUGCUGCUGUCGCCCCCGUGGGCUUUAAAGGCGCAGCAGCAGAAAACCCCACAGAAGACUUGCUGUUUGUUGCGCUGCUGAAGCUGCUUCGGGUGUACAGACACCUGCUGCAUGCAGUGAUAGAAGAGGCCCGGGCCAGGGCCCAGGCCCACCCGCUGCUGCAGCAGCAGCAGCAGCAGCCGCUGCUUUGCUUCCACACUGCGCGGCAAAUGCUGCUGAAGGCGCUGCUGCUGCUUGCUGCAGUGACCCCGGACUGCAGCGUGGGGCCUGACGCCGUGCUGCUGCAGCGGGUGCAGCAGCAAGACCAGCAGCAGCAGUGGCAGCAGCAGCAAGCCGCUGCUCAAACUGGCCUGUGGCUGCGCGCCCAAGCACCUCAGCAGCAGCAGCAGCAGCAGCAAAUUGGAGGCGCUGCUGCUGCAGCUGGAAGGGAUGGCAAUGCGCUGCUGCUGCAGCUGCUGCUGCCAGGCCCCUCGUUGAAAUGGUCUCUGCUGCUGACGGGGACCCAUGUUGUUGGCAGCAGCAUCGAGGCGUUUGCUCUGAGCUGCUGGGGCGAAAGCAGCAGCAACAGCAGCAGCAGCAGCAGCAGAAGCAGCAGCAACACGGAAGCACUUGCUGCUGCUGCUGCUGAGGCUGCGCAUGCAGUCACAUGCACUGCAGUGCAUGCAGCAGCCACGCUGCGGCUGCUGCUGGAGAGUCCGCCAGCAGCAGCAGCUGCUGCUGCUGCUUCGGAGCCGCAGGUGGUUUCCCUCAUAGUGGCGACGCUGCAGUGCAGCCUCCACCUGCUGCGGGAGUUGGUGCUGCGGGCUCUGGGUGUACACCCUAAGGAGCAGCAGCAGCAGCAGCAGCAGGAAGAGCAGCAGCUGCUGCAGCUGCUGCUGCAGCGCAGCCAGCGCCUCGACGGCGGGCCACGUCCGCUGCAUGCAGGUGCAGCAGAGGGCUAUGCUGCUGCUGCUGCUGGCUGCAGCGUCUCUGGCAGCUGGGCUGCUGCAGGAGUCCGAGCAGCAGCAACCAGCAGCAAACUCAUUUCUCUGUCUCCUUUGCUGCCGCAGCUGCUGCAGCAGCUGCCGUCCUUGCGGCUGCUGUGUCUCCUAGCUAGCCGCAGCAGAGUGGCGGAAGCGCCGCAGCAGCAAAACGGUGUGAACAGCAGCAGCAGCAGCAGCAGCAGCAGCAGCACGGGGGUGUACAUACAGCAGCACGAGCUCAGCAGCAUUGCCUUCUUUGCGGCCCGCCUCGAGGCGGUCGUGGGCGGAGAUGCUGCUGCUUAG